AAAUUCAUCAAUAUCAUCUACUUCUGUCCAUCCAUUGAAAAUUGAGGGGAUAUCUAACAAUGAAGGUUGCCCUUCUGGUACAAUUCCAAUCAGGAGGACAAGAACAGGAAUCAGGAAACUGGUGGCUUGCUUAUGGAGAUAAAGGGGAUGAGAAAAUUGGGCACUGGCCAGGUUCUUUGUUCACUAGUUUAUCAAGCUCAGCUGAAGAAAUUUUCCGGGGAGGAGCAACUUCCAGCACCCUCUCUGAAAAUGGUCCUCCAAUGGGAAGUGGUCAUUUUGCAGAGGAAGACCUCACAAAAGGCAGCACAUAUCAAAGAAGUUGGUAUUCUAGAUGAAUCUCACACACAUGGACCUCCUGAUCUCAAACUUCUUCUGUUUGUCACAGACAGUCCCAAGUGUUACAAUACAACACAGUUGCUCCUCUUUACAGGCGUUGAAGGAUAUACCUCUGGUUUCUUCUAAGGGGGACAUUGUUGAAAUUUUGUUCUAUGAAAAGGAAUUAAAGUUCUCUCUUUUUG